AUGAGCUCCCUCAAGAUUCCCAUCGAUGCGAUCACCUCGCGCUUUGGUGAUCGCUUCAACAGCGUUCGCUCCCAGUCCAUUGGCACUCGCUUUGCCAACCUGCGACCGGUUUCCGAGUUCCUCGAUCUCAAGCGUCUCUCCAAGCCGGCCAAUUUCGGCGAGGUCCAGGGUCGCGUGAACUACAACCUGUCCUACUUCUCGAGUAACUAUGCCGUGGUCUUUGUCAUGUUGAGCAUCUACAGCUUGCUCACCAACCCCGUCUUGCUCUUCGUCAUCAUUCUGGUCACCGGUGGUCUGUACGGCAUCGGGAAGCUGGAAGGGCGCGACCUGGAGUUGGGCAUCGCUCGCUUCAACACCUCUCAGCUCUACACCGGCCUGUUGAUCGUUGCGGUCCCUCUGGGCAUCUGGGCCUCCCCGAUCUCGACCGUCCUCUGGCUGAUCGGCGCCACGGGAGGCGGUCUAGGUGGUCGGCCGCGAGCUCCUUACGGUACGCCCCGAUGGGGAAGACCACCGGGGGCACAACUGGGGAGGCAAACGAGGAGACGGGCAGCCCCGUGGCUGGAUGAUGACGCACGAAUUGAGGAGAUUGACAGCGAGGACGAAUAUAAUCUACGCAAUGGCCGAGCUGGGUAUGCGAGGGAUUUGGUCGGGGGUUCGGGGUUACGGAGACGCAUAGAUUAUAACGAGUAUGGGGACGAGCAGGAGUCGAUGGACGGGGCGGACUAUGACUUGUACGACGACGCAGACAGCACGGUGGCAUACGCGGUGCACUUGGCCAUGAAGGACAAGGAGGAUUGGCUGGUGGACAAAGCUCUGGAGAGAAUUCGCCGCGCGCAGGUCAUGGGACAGAAGAACGUUCGCUUGUCCAAGUCCGAGGUGGAAGCGCUCGAACGCAAACGGAUGCAGACUGGCGCCAGAACUUUCGACCGCACGAGGGCUGAAGCACGGACCCCGGACGGCGGCGGCGCUGGUCGAGCAGGGAUGCGGCGAGCUCCCUUCAGCGCGGUGCCAACUGCACCGUAUGGUGGUGCCCUCGACGACGGCGAUGUCUUCGACGCUCGGCCCAGGAGCUCGGGCUCCCCGACGUCGCAACGGCCUCGCUCUAUGCGAUCUCCCCAGCCCAUCGCAUCGCCCAUGACUCCGCUUGACUCCCCUCACAGGCCCGACCGUCAGUCCGCCGCCAUCCCGCACAUUCGCUCGCAGGCGUCGUCCCCGCUAAAGAGCCCGGCAUUCGCACGUCCUCUCCCCGACGAUCCGCACUGGGUUCCUCCCUAUCAGAUACCGUACCCGAGGGAGCCACCUCCGUAUCCCCUUCACAGCCCGCUGGAGCCCCGACCAGGAGGCUCCUCGAAUCGCACAGGACUAUCACCAUACGUGUCAAGUUAUGGGGACCGCCCGUCAAGCAGCGCGCGAAACUCGUUUACCCCGUGGUAUAGCCCGGCCAAACCUGCGGCCGAAGUCCCCCAGCAUGAAGAGGACGGCGAGGAGAGCGAUUCGGAUGCAGACGAGUUACAUAUUGUGGAUGUGGUGGAGAGAAAGGUCCCGACAAGUCCUUCCAGCCGCGCAGCGACGGGCAAAGGAAGCCGUCAGCGCCGCAGUCGUCCUUGA